CAGAGAACGACCCGGAAGUGACGGCGAGUUCAGAAAGAACCGGACGGUAACGGACCCGUUUCACACAGAGAGAUUGAGAAGAACGUUCCUCUUCUCCGAGGACACGGAGGUCUGGAUCACGACGCGUCUGCGUACAGAGGAAACAAACUGUCGUCAACAUGGAGACGAACGGAGACGACGUCAGUCAGCAGUGCUGUGGCUGUGACGCCUCCUUGUCCAGAUGUUGGUGCGUGGACUGUGGCGAGUCUCUGUGUGACGACUGCGUCUCCGCUCAUCGUCGCGUCUCUUUGACCAGAUCACACCAGAUCCUCAACCAGCCGCCAGGAAAGGUCUCGGCUCAUCCCACCAAGUUCUGCAGACUCCACCCGUGUGAGCCGCUCAAACUCUACUGCUUCACCUGCAGCCAGUUCACCUGUCGGGACUGUCAGCUGAUGGCUCACAUGGACCACCGGUAUCUGUUCGUCACGAAGGCACUGGACGGCGUCAAGAAGGGAAUUGAGGCCUUGCUUCAGCCAAUCACAUCGCAGAGAGACACAUUGAGGCGGAGCCUGCAGGACUUGCAGACCAGGCUGCAGGACAUCGCUAGAGGAGAAUCUCAGCUCGAGGCUGACCUGAACCACUCCUUCAACCUCUGCUCUCAGAUCCUGAAGGGGAGGAUGGACUUCCUGUCACGGGAGGUCAAGCGGGUGCUGAAGGCGGAGAGCGAGCUGAUCAAGCAGUGGGUGGAGAAGCUGCAGAAGCUGCAGCAGGACCAGACGACAGUGGGCGAGAUCACCGAUCGAUUCUGGGACAUGCACGACCUGCCGCUGCUGCUCAGGUACUUCACCAAGAUCAAGCUCCACCUGCAGCAGGUGAAGGAUCAGGACCUGACUCUUCCUGAAACCAUGUCUCAGCUGAAUGUCCUCGCCGACACACCGGCCGUACUCGCACUGUUAAACUUCGGUACACUUCAAGUUGCAAAGGUCCCCUUCACUGUCUCACAACCUUCCAGUCAGAACCCUCCUCCCACCUCCACCUGUCUCAAACUCGACCAGACGACCCUCCUCCAAAUUAGGACGCAUGAUGACACACUUGGUCUGUCCUCCAGCACUCACAACGCGUCCAACUCGUCCUCUGUUGCUCCUCCCACCUCAACCUCUCCUACACCCUCCAGCGUACCCCCCACCCCCGAGACCUCGACCCCUGGUGACACGGCUUCACUCGGCUGUCUUUCUGCUUUGCUACAGUUCUCGUCCACUCGGUUGAGUCCUCCUCCCACCUCAAGGUCUCUCGUGACGACACACCAGAACCAAGUAAUACAGUUGAAUCCCGUCCAGCCAGGUUCUACCUUAGUGAGUCCACAGCCUCUCACCUCCAACCACACUAGGUCGGUAAAUCUGCAGUCAUCCUUUCAGGUUCUGGAACAAAACUAUGCUCCAGAUCUUAACAAGUCCCACUCCAUCCUGACGACCAACCCUCCGAAUGUGCAGCAGUUGUCCUCCUGGCCAAUCAGUCGCCUCGCGGUCCAGCCUCCAUUAGCUAUGCUGAUCAAUCAGACGGAGUCUAUAACCUUACCUGCAAACACCUUACCCAGAAACACCUUACCCGCAUACACCUUAACUGCAAAGACCUUACGUGCAAACACCUUACCUACAAACACCUUGCCCGCAAACACCUUACCUGCAAAUACUUUACCCGAAAAGACCUUAACCAAAAAGACCUUACCCGCAGAGACCUUACCUGAAAAGACCUUACCCGAAAAGACCCUAACCAAAAAGACCUUACCCGCAGAGAACUUACCCUCAAAGACCUUACUCGAAAAGACCUUACCCGAAAAGACCUUGUCCGAAAAGACCUUACCCAAAAAGACCUUACCCAAAAAGACCUUGUCCGAAAAGACCUUGUCCGAAAAGUCCUUGUCCGCAAACGCGUUGCCUGGAAAUUCGUCGGCUGAAGAAAACACGUUGAGCAUUAAGGAACACCACGGAUGGCUCCAUCGGUGGCAGAUGCAGACAAUGGGUAAAUCGUCUGUCCCCAAGAGGCGUCCUCGACGCUCACGCAGGGGCUUGUCACGUCCUGGAAAGAGCCACUCGGCGCCACCAAAUCUCCGGACUCUGACAGAUAAGGACUCGGAUUUACCGACUGGACCUCUCGCGCCCCUGAAGCCUGAGUGCGAUGUCAUUCCUUCUUCCUCCUCGGUGAAACGCCGGCAGAGUCUGGUGGUCAGGGCAGUGGCAGACUCUGCGUGUGAUCACAGAGGGCGACGGGUGACUGCAAGGCAGCUAAAACCUUCAGAAAACAAACCGACCUCCACCUUGUCUGAAGAAUCUGAAGCUGCAGAGAACAAACCGACCUCAACCGUGUCUGAAGAAACCGAACCUGCAGAGAACAAACCGACCUCCACCAGACCAACCUUCACCAGACCAACCUCCACAGUGCCUAAAGAAUCAGAACCUCCUGGGAAACGUGGUCCAUCAACAACACAGACAGACAAAGAUGGUGCAGAGUGGAGCUCUGUGAUUGGACAGCAGGACUUCAGGCUCAGCCAGUAUCAGCCCUUGGUGUCUCUGUUCAGGCUACCAUCGUCCCUGCUACGUACUGGACAUUCCCUCCCCGGUGUCACUCUCUUCCCCAGAUAUGCUAAGCAUGAGGUUUACGUUGAAGACAUGAAUAAGGAGACUCAGUCCCACGUCUGUGACGUCACAGACGACUCCUUGGAUUUCACCAAGCCUAUAUCGUCUCCAGAGUCUCCGGAGUCUCCGGUGUUGAUGCAGAUAGUUAUCUGCUCGGCUUGUGGAUCUGCUCACAGUUCAAUAAUCUGCUCAGCCUGCGGUCGAGGAUUCCACCGAGACUGUCACGACCCCCCGGUUGGACCUGACAUGUGGACCGAGUGGAAUUGUUCGCUUUGUCAGGAUCUGUCGGACCCUUUGGACCCCUACAGCUCCGCAAGACCAGCGAGUCCUGAGGGACCCGUUCUCAGUCUGCUGGACCAGAGGAGGUGUGAAACUCUGCUGCUGCACCUGAAGGUUGAAGGGUGUAGUCGACUCGCUGAGAACAGUCGUGUUCGGUCUCGUCUCACGUUGAUAUCAGAGCGACUGAGUCGCCGCCGCCAGCCAACGUAUCAGACGACUGCAGACUUUGUCUCCGACAUCUGGAGUCUGUUCAAGGAGACGUCUUCUUUACCUCAAGACGACCUGGUUGUGAAGAAGCUGCAGCAGAGUUUUCACGUCAGGUUGAUGGAAACUUUCAGUCUGGAGCUUUGUCCCACGGAAGAGACCUUGGAUCCACAGCAGCAGCGUCCGGACGGAGACCUGAGGCAGACCAGGAAGAAGCUGAGGGAGUUCCUGGACCUGUGGGGACCGCCGGGACCCAAGAGGACGAAGACGGACCAGAUGGAGACGUGAGGACAAUGAAGAAGAUGAAUAAGACAAAGUCGUCCUCCAAACAAUCACCACUCAGUGUUCCUGUCAUUUGACCCGAUUCAAGGGGCCGUCACUCAGAAAGCUCAACAGUGUUAAAGUUCAGUUAUUGAUAAUUAACAUUUGACGUGUUGUUGACUGUCAGUUGGUUCUGACACCUGAAACACCUGGAGGCCCCGGGCUGCGAUGCUAACGCUAACGUAGCUUCUCUCCUGGUCAAAGUUCAACACGUUCGUUAAUGUCCCAACAAUCGAUCACGUUAUUGAAACAAUUCCUGUUUCGUGAUGCCACAGUCGCUCAGUAUCGGAACAGAUUCUAACACUUGGACCCGGAGAAACGCCACGAUCAAGAACGGAUUAGACACGAGCGAGUUGUUUCAACCAUUGUCAUGGAGACGGAUGUAACUCACGGUACAAGUACACGUGUGAAGUACUUCUACAAUCAGUUGACUGUCGACAGGAUGUUUUGUAAAUCAUUCAAAAUCAUUUUUAUAUCAAAAUAAAUGUUCAAUGUUUUAUAAAAAA